GGUGUCAUGGACUGAUUAGUAUUUCGAAUGAAUAUCAAUGGAUUCUAUCAAAAUUUUGUCUCUGUUGAAAUCAUCUUUAACAUCAGUGAAACGAGGGAAACUGUUGCACCAGAAGAUUGUUACUUUAGGGUUACAAAGCAACAUUAACUUAUCCAAGAAUCUAAUUAAUUUAUACACGUCUUGCGAAGAUUUCCAUUCCGCUAAAUUGGUUUUUCAAAAUCUUGAGAACCCUCUUGAUAUCACUUUGUGGAAUGGUCUCAUUGCUUCUUAUACUAAGAACCAAUUGUUCAAUGAAGCUCUUGACCUCUUUGACAAGCUGUUGCAAUUCCCAUAUCUUAAACCUGAUAGUUACACCUUUCCUAGUGUACUCAAGGCUUGUAGUGGUUUAGGAAAUGUCCGAUAUGGUCAAAUGAUACAUGCUCAUUUGAUUAAAACUGGGCUUUUAUCAGAUGUUGUUGUGACAAGUUCAGUGAUUGGUGUGUAUGCCAAAUGUGACUUGUUCGCUUCUGCUAUACAACUGUUUGAUGAAAUGCCUGAAAGAGACAUUCCGUGUUGGAAUACUGUCAUUUCGUGCUACUAUCAAAAUGGGCAAUUUCAUAAAGCCCUUCAAUUCUUUGACAAGAUGAAAGAUUUGAGAUAUAUGCCUAAUUCGGUUACCUACACAGCUGCAAUCUCAUCAUGUGGGAGGCUUUUAGAUAUUGAAAGAGGGGAGACAAUUCAUCGGGAAUUAGUAAAUAAUAAGUUUCUGUUGGAUGGUUUUGUAAGUGCUGCUCUUGUCGACAUGUAUGGGAAAUGUGGCCUCUUAGAGAAGGCUAAAGAAAUUUUUGAGCAAAUCCCUGCCAAGAGUUUGGUUUCUUGGAACUCCAUGAUAUCUGGGUACAGCUUGAGAGGUGAUAGCAAAUCAUGCAUUCAGCUUUUACAAAGGAUGAACAAAGAAAACAUGAAACCCUCUUCUGUGACUUUAAGUAGCUUAUUAAUGGCGUGCUCUAAAUCUGCUCAACUGCAGCACGGGAAGUUUUUUCAUGCAUAUAUAAUUCGAAAUAACAUACUAUCUGAUGACUUUCUUAAUGCUUCACUUGUUGACUUAUAUUUCAAAUGUGGCAGAGUUGAGACUGCGCAAAACAUCUUCAGUAAGAUGGCAAAGAACAAUGUGGAAGCAUGGAAUGUAAUGAUCUCUGGACAUGUGUCAGCUGGCUACUACUUGGAGGCACUUGCCCUUUAUAAUGACAUGAAAUUGGCAGGGAUAAAGCCUGAUGCAAUCACUUUGACUAGUGCCUUGGUAUCUUGUUCACAGUUGGCAGCCUUAGACCAUGGCAAGGAGAUCCACAAGUGUAUCAUUGAUAAUAAGUUGGAAUCCAAUGAAAUUGUUAUGGGAUCGCUGCUUGAUAUGUAUGCUAAAUGUGGUGCAGUAAGUGAAGCUUUUAAAGUCUUUGAUGAGUUGCCUGAGAGAGAUCUGGUAUCAUGGACUACAAUGAUUGCAGCAUAUGGAUCUCAUGGCCAAGCUUUUGAAGCGCUUAAACUCUUUAAUGAAAUGCUGCAUUCUAAUGUAAAACCCGAUAGAGUUGCAUUCCUCGCAGUAAUUUCUGCAUGUGCUCAUGGAGGAUUAGUGGAUGAAGGUUACCAGUAUUUUAAUUUAAUGGUCAGUGGCGAUGGCAUUCAACCGUCAGCUGAAGAGUACUCAUGUCUAAUUGACCUUCUUGGACGUGCUGGAAGAUUGCGUGAAGCCUAUGCAAUUCUGCAGAGCAACCCGGACACCAGGGAGGGUGUUGAGUUGUUAAGCGCAUUAGUUUCUGCAUGCCAUUUGCAUGGGGAGUUAGAGAUUGGAGAAGAAAUUGCAAAGAUGCUUACUCAAAAGGAUGAAGAUGAUCCAUCCACUUAUGUUAUUUUAGCAAAAAUAUAUGCUUCGCAGAACAAAUGGAAUGAGGUACGCAAGUUGAGACUGAAGAUGAAGGAGCUGGGGUUGAGGAAGAAACCUGGAUGUAGUUGGAUUGAAGUAGACAAGAGGAUUCAAACAUUCCUGGCAGAUGAUAAAUCAUUCCUGCUAGUAGACGAUGUUUAUCAAUGUCUAUCUUUAAUAAAUAGUGACAUGGAAACCUAUGAAUGCUUAAACAUUGAUAGCAAGGGAGAUGGAUACUACUCAAAGCCAACAACUUGACCAUCAAUCUCCUUGCUUAUAGACAUAACUUUGUUUUUCCAUAAAACGACAAUCAUAUUUCUGCCUCUCACUGACAAACUGAUCAGGAUGACCAUUUUCGGUCUCUUAUGGACCUUCACCUCAUAGUGGAUAAGAGCAAGAUCCUUCACAUUCAAAUUGACAGUUUUGAAAUAUUUAAGGUAGGAUGUCUUGUUCACAAGGUUCAGCUCUUAGAGGUGAGUUUGGAAUGAACAGCCGGUUAUGUGUCAGAGCUUCUACAUGGAGGCUCUUGACGCAUACUGCCAUGAAGGUGGCUGAGGUAAGGAGAUCCUAUGUCUCCUUACCUCUUUACCUUGGCUAUGGAAUAUUUAAACAGAUCAUUGAAGCAACUUAGGCAUGUGGCCUUCAAGUAUCAUCUAAAAUGUGCCAACAUGAAAUUGGUGCAUAUUUUUGCUGCAGUGAUGUACCAUUCUGGAUUGAGAGAAACAGUUGAAGGUUUAAUAAAGUAGCAAGGGAAGCACAAAAAGAAUCAUAUUGCAGCUGCAUAUUGUGGGACAGAGACGACUCAAGUGGAAGAGUAUACUAGAAAAUGUUAAUAGCUUUUCAUGUUAAAAGAGUCCGAAUUUUUGUUUGUACAAUGGUUCAGACCCUUCCUAGAAGGUGUCGAGUUCAUUAGUUUUAUUAAGAUAGUAGUCCUUUGAUUGCAGCUCUUGUUAUUUGUUUUUUUUUUUGUAGGAACCAACUCUAGAGUCCAAUGAAUUAGUCGUGUACAUUGCCUAUACUUUGGUGAAAUAAAAUUCAGAGUUUAA